GCUGUGUAGAGCCGCCUCUUUCGGGGUCUGGCUUUCUUUGCAGGUGGUGCUGCUCCUCCUCCUGCGCUGGCCGCCGCUCUUCGCCGGCUGGCUCGGAUGCACGCGUAUAGAGAGGCGCGCGCCUCGCGCAGUUCUUUGCCGCUGCCUGCACAAUCGGCUGUUCCAGGCCGGCUAGCCACCAGCUCCUCCUCCGUCUCUUUCCAGCCUCAAACUUUGCCCACUGAGGCUUGCAAUCGUUUCUAUUUCUCUUUGGCAAUCUCAGCAACUCCCUCUACUCCGCCUCUGGGCAAGACCUGAGAAGAUGCAGCCUCUCGUUUAACUACACAGUAGUCUGAGGAUUCUGUGUGCUGUAUAACUACAUAAACAAGGAGAAAAUUGGAUCGGUUCUUCUACGCAUAUCUCCCUCUUAUAUACACCCCCCUCUCCUUUUUUAAAAAAAUAUCUGCCUUGAUCGCGGCAGCCGGCGCGCGGAUUUAAUUUCCUGAGAUCUUCUUGUGCGGGCUGUUCUUUAACGGCUCCCUGAAGUGGAAGCUCCGGCACCCGAAGACCGAGGAGCGCCCUUUGGCGGUUUCCCCCUUCCCCUCUUGGACGUGACUUGACCCCGCUGUUUUCUUGGCCACCUUGCGCCCCGAGCCUCCGCCUCCGCCGCUUCGAUUUGCUUGGGGAUUGUAUUGUUCCUUACCCACCCCUGGGGGGCUUGCUUGUUGGAAGCGGAGCUGGGAGGGAAGGAAGGAAGAGGGAGGGGAUGCCCACGGGAAGGUGGGACUGAGCGAUCGGGUCUUCCUCGCCUCUCCGCAACCCGCUGGAUCUCUUGCCUGGAGAAGAGAGCAGGGAGAGCUUGAGGCAGCGGCUGGAGGUUCUUUUCGGCGUAGGGUUUUCGGGCUGCGCUGACAGGAUGCGUUUCUUCCCGUGGGGAUUUUGGCUGCUGUGUGUCGUCGCGUCCUCCUUGGCUAGGAGUGACGGUGGCAACAAGCCCAGGAGCUGCUCCGAGCUCCGGCAACUCUACGGGGCCAAAGGAUUCAGCCCGAACGGAGUCCCCCAAGCGGAGAUCUCUGGGGAACAUUUGAGGAUUUGCCCACAAGGCUAUACUUGCUGUACUAGUGAGAUGGAGGAAAACUUUGCCAACAAGAGUCGGAAUGAAUUUGAAGGCAUGUUGAAGGAAGCCACACGCUCUGUGCAAAUAAUCUUAACAGCCCAGUACAAGAACUUUGAUGGUUAUUUCCAGGAUUUGUUGAAUAAGUCUGAGAAGGCCCUUUAUGACACGUUUCCUGGUAUGUACGGAGACCUAUACAUCCAGAACAUAAAGGUUUUCAAAGACUUGUAUAGUGAGCUGCGGCGUUAUUACCGGGGUUCCAGCAUCAACCUAGAAGAGGCUCUAAAUGACUUUUGGAUUCACCUGCUAGAGCGGCUCUUCAAGUUGAUGAAUCCUCAGUACCACCUUCCUGAUGAGUACGUGGAUUGCAUGGUGAAGCAUUCUGAGCAGCAUAAACCCUUUGGAGAGGUUCCAAGGGACCUGAAGCUGAAGGCAACGAGGGCCUUCAUUGCAGUCCGUUCCUUCGUGCAGGGACUUGGUGUGGGCAAUGAUGUUGUCAGAAAGGUCUCUCAGGUCCCACUGAGUCAAUAUUGCACUCGGGCCAUUAUGAAGCUGAUGUACUGUGCACACUGUCGGGGCAUGUCCAACGUAAAGCCAUGCAACAGCUACUGCCGCAAUGUCUUGAAAGGCUGCCUGGCCAAUCAAGCAGACCUGGACACUGAGUGGAAGAACCUGAUCGAUUCAUUGCUGCUGGUGGCUGACCGCUUUGAUGGACCAUCCAAUGUAGACAUAGUAAUUGGUACAAUUCAUACCAGAAUUGCAGAAGCCAUUUCUAACAUGCAGGAGAACAGGGACUCUAUAAGAGCCAAGACCUUUCAAGGUUGUGGAAAUCCUAAAAUCAACCCAAAAGCAUCCAGUGCUGAGGAAAAGAAGAGGAGGGGGAAGUAUGCUAGUGAAGAUAAACCUUCAGGGCUUAGUUCAGAGAAACUUGUUUCAGAUGCCAGAGGGAAGCUGAGAGAAAUAAAGGACUUCUGGGUUGCCCUCCCAAGCACACUUUGUAAUGAAAAAGUUUCAUCUGGUUCUGUGAAUGAGGACAGGUGCUGGAACGGAAUGACCAAAAGCAGGUAUCUUCCAGACGUGAUGGGAGACGGUCUAGCCAAUCAAAUCAAUAACCCAGAGGUUGAAGUAGACAUUACUAAACCGGACAUGACUAUUCGCCAGCAAAUCAUGCAGUUAAAGAUUAUGACAAAUCGACUGCGCAAUGCAUACAAUGGGAAUGAUGUGAAUUUCCAGGAUACGAGUGACGACAUCAGCGGCUCUGGAAGUGGUGAUGGUUGCAUUGAUGAAAUCUGUGUCAAAAGACAGUCUAAGAGCUCCAGCACCAUGCCGCCAGAGACACACCCAAUGCCUAAGCAGUCUGGACAAGGUGUCAGUGGAAAUAGUAGCAGUGUACUUUUGCCUUCUUCCUUUCUUGUAUUACUUUCUCUGGCCGCUAUUGCAGCACAGUACCUGCGGCGGUAACUCAUUUGUGCAGCCGUGAAAGAGACUGUGGUGGUUGUGGUCUUAACUUUGCCAAAAAUAUGGACUAUAUUUAAUUCAUCUUGGCAAAAUGAGGGAGAUAAAAGUUUUUGAUCGUUUGUGAUAACCUGGCAGUGCUAGAGCUGGUUUUCUUUCUUUCUUUCUUUCUUUCUUUUUUGGUCUUCUUUGAAUGCUGGGCCCUUCUUUCUGUACCUCAUUUUUUUAAGGUCAUUAAUUUGCCACAAAGAGACACUUAGGGGCCCACAAUGGAGCUUGGCAGAUGGAUUUAACAGGGGGAGGGGAGGAAUUGCCCUCAAGGCAACAUCUUCUUUAUUGACUGCAAUAAAACAUGCAACUAUUUCAUAUUCUUAUUUAACUGUAGCCAAGGGUAUGCUACCUGAGUUCCAAACAAUACACCUUUCUAAUUUAAAGAUUUUCAAAAUGUUGUAAUAGGAGGUUAGUUCAUCAUUUUCCAUUAAGCAAGUGGCAAAUGGCCCUUCCUUUUCUUUGAUGUGGGACUAUCUGGUCUGUAUAAUCCUGAUUAGCAAAGGGAUUCUUUAUACAGGAAUUUGUCUGCUUGAAAUUAAUCACUGAAGUCAAAUAUUUCUCCUACAUCUAAAUGAACUGCAGUGAGAUUUAGGUUUUGCAUGAUCCUUUGAAAGUAGCAGUCAAACUGAUAAAAUGCAAUACAGAAUUGUAAUAUGCAACAUUGCCAUAGAAAUAUGCAUGGUGAGAUUUCUGUCGUGAAAGCUUUGCUUUCAGUUUAAGGCUGAAAAUCUUCCUACUGUUAAUAGUGACAACAGUCAAUUUUUACCAAAGGGAUAAUGCAAAGAAACUGUUUUGUGAGGUUUUGUGUGUUAUUACUUAUCCCGUUAGUGAAGCCUGAAGGUGACUGAUUGGCCCAGGGAAUAGAAAUGUCCCUGGACAUUUCCUUGGAUACAUCAGAUUUUCAAGGAACUGCUGGUCUUUGAACAUGCCCCCCCCGUACCACCUAUUACGUUGAUUGAAAGAAGCAGAUCAAAGCCAUAGUUUGAGUCAUCAAAUCAGUCGGAAACUGCCCCUCUUCAUCUCAUGUUGGCAUAGUUAACCAUAUGCUCUCCAGUCAUUAUUUAGUACAACCUCAUCACUUUAGCUAAGUUUCUGACUGAUAUAUUUGGCAAGAAUAUUCUCUGAUAUCAAGGUGGUUGGGAGUAGAGGUAAGAGGGGAUGUUCAACCACAAAUCUACACAAACAUAUUCACAUAUGUAUUUUGCUGUUGAUGCAUCCAUGCUUGCACAGCUCUCUGCUUUGUGUUCUUAGGUUUAUUUGACUUACAGCCAUAAGCAUAUUUUUCCUCUUUCAAAAAUAUACAGCAUACAAAGGCAAUCCUAUUCAUGCUGCUGAACAAUAGGAAGCCCUUGACAUGAGCUUUGCUGUUAAUCAACUUUGUUUUAUAUCAUGGCUUUCCUUUUAGGGAUCAGGGAUUGUGAAAGCAUAUUUUUUACAUUUUAUAUAUAUACAGGCUUUGCAUAAAUGUUGAAAACAUUUCUCUUCUGCGUCAAAGACAAAUGUUGUAUUUCCUCACGACAGCAUUCAAAAAGGCAGAACUACAGAAGCUGUCAUCAAUCGUAAAGCGUGCCCAGUUAGAAGCAAGGGAAAGCAAUUCUAGCAUUGUGGCAUUAGAAGUGCUGAAACAGUGAAUGCAAGCAAAUUAAUUCAGUUGAAUUAUCAUUCCCAUUUCUGGCCUUAUUUGUUUUUCUACAACACUGGGAGAAAUUAGUUUCCUAAUCACCCCAAUCGGUAUUGGAGAGUGCCAAUAACAUUGCCUGAAUGCUGCAAAUAUGUUAUUGAAGUAUGGUGACAGCACAAUUCUUUGCUCCAAGCAACACCUGCUUUUGCACACAUUAUUUUAAAUCCCUUGUAAGCAGAACAAUACCCCAUCUGUUUUCAUUAUUAAUGUUAUCAAUCUGUUUAUUUUUGUUUUCAGUUAAACUAUUCUUAAAUAAUUCUGAAUAUAAAUAAGGCAUGAAAAUCAAAUAUCCUGCCUCCUUUGAACAUAAGUUCAAAUGCCAGAAACAGUGGAGUGCCACAUUCAAAUAGUGUUGUAUAUGUAGCCUUCUGUUGGUAAAAAUACAGAGAAAUGAGCCACUAUACAAAAUGCAGGCAAAAAUGAAACAGCUGCCAUUUCCUCUCCCCUGAAUGAAAAUCUUCUGCCAAACUACUGGAGCUGUAAGCUCAACACGGUCCUGGGCCCUAUAUAAAGCUCAAACUAUAUAUGAUAGUAGUAGGCCCUUGUGUGUUAGCCUUUGUUUUUAACUUAAGUCUGUGCCAUCACAUCUAAAACAGGAAUUGGGUGGGUGAAACUAAUUUUUAUUUUUGUUUAGCAAAAGGAAAUGUGUAAAUAGGAACUGAUGACCCUCAUUCCACACCCAUCACUUGCCUCCUUAUAGCCUCUUCCCUGAGGCACAUUUUGUCCAGCCAACUUUACUUCCAAUAUUAGAGCCCAGCAGAGGGAAAAGUGACAUGGCAGGGUAUGCUACAAAGUGGUAAACCAUGGAUGCGGGAAAGUUCUAUGCCCAUAUACCCUUUUGCUCUAAGAAUUGGAUACCUAAACCCUAAUCCUGCUCUCUAUAUGCAAUUGGUCCAUCCCAUAUUUAAAUAAAUGAGUCUGUAACUGUCACAUGUAGUUUGAGCCUCAGUCCCUUGAUAAGUGCUGUAUCUAAUGCUCACAGGAUCUGAAGCUUUUGUAAUUUUUUAAAAAAGUUUAUUUUUGAAAAAGGUUUCUUUUUGUUAUCAAGAUGGCAAUGCUCUGUUUUGAUGUUUAAAACCACUUUGCUAUAGGGUUUACUGAUGGGCAAAGGAACUUAACACCCAGGCCCCUUGCAAAGCUGUUGGCCAGAAACCAGAGUCUUGGAUGUACAACCUGUUCUUUUUGUGCCAUAAUGUCUGUUUUAGUGGCGGGCCGAGAGUCAAUAGAGUCUUUAAGAGCAUUGAUAUUUAUCAUUUACAAAUGACAAACAACCUAUAAUUUUCUGGUGGGCUUUUUGGAGGUUUAAGUACAAAUAUAUCCACAGUACACAUUGGCUUUUUAAAAUUGCAGUUCUAUCUGCAAUAUUAAGAUCUAUUUCACUUACUGGCAUUCUUGGCCAUUUAUAUAUUUCUUUUGGUUACCAAGGUACUUGUAACUAUCUUGCACUGUUGAAUUAUGUUCUUUGAAUCCUUGUAUAAAUAAAAAAAAAAAGGCUGGAGACUUAAAUGUAUAUGAA